AGAAUCUGUAUUUUUGAUUGUUGAUAAGAUUCCAAGACUUUGAAGCAGAUUGUUUGAAAUGCAAAGAAUUAAAGCCAAAAUUACUCAGGUGGCAAAGCUGGCAGCUGUUUCUUCUGGGCUGCCAUUGAUAUGUAUUACUGUAUAUGCAGCAACAGAAAAGGAGUCAAAAAGUCAGCUGGUGAAGCCAGACAAGCUGCCCAUUUACAGCGCCCCCCCGCUGACGUCGCGCUACAUCGAGGAGCAGCCGGGGCCCCUGCAGCAGCAGCUGACGGCUCUGCGGAGCACGACCGGCCGCUACUUCGGCUGGUGCCAGAGUGUCUAUAACUUUAUUAAAAAUGGAAUAACGGAUUCAAUUCAGUUUGGAAAAGAUGCUUAUGUUUACCUGGACAACCCCCCCCCGGAGUUCUUUCCCAAAGCCGCUGUGAUCACGGUGUCAGGCCUGGCUGGUGCAGCGCUGGCAAGGAGAGGUUCUAGAUUUAAGAAAAUUGCUUAUCCAUUGGGACUUACUGCUGUAGGAUAUGCUGUUUGUUACCCAGCUCAGGCAGUGGUCAUUGCCAAGGUAACAGGGAAAAAGUUACAUUAUGCAAGUCACCAGACCUACAAGGCUGUGAGGUCACUGUGGGCAGACAAGGAAACUGCCACCAAGCUGCAGCAAGAGUCAAAACCAAUUAUGCAAGAAGAUAAGAAAAAGAAGGGAAUUUCUAGUGCCAAACCUGAGUCUGCUGUUGAGUCAGGAUCAUUUAACAGAACUGAAUCUUCCCCAGUAAAGUGUCGGAGUAAUGAAAAUCCAGUGCCUUCAUCAGGAACAGUGAAGAAAUCAAAAUUUAAGCCUGACCCAAAACUUGCAGACCAUGGCCAGUCCAACCCAGAAGAUGUGGACAUGUACAGCACCAGGAGCUAAGCCAAGUCUGCUUUACAAAAUGCAAAAUGUUACAGAUAAGGGGGAGGGAAGAAGGGAAAGAAUAAUCUUUACAAUGCAUACUCUGUGAGGUAUAAUUUCAUCAGAUAUUUUCUUAUCUCCAAUUUGUAUUAUUGACUUACAUGAUUCUGUUUAGUGCUUAUUUUGUUCCUGACUCCAUAUAAGCAGUGGGAAUUCACUCAGUGUCAUUAGUGAGACACUGAGAAAACAAGAUUUGUCAGUGUCUUCUCCCAGUGGGGCUUCUCUGUGCCAAACUUGCUAAUAAAUGUCACUUCACAAAGGAUAUUUGAAAAUGCAAACGU